UUCGGCCCCGGGAAGCUGGUGGGGAGGCCGCACCCGGGCCCGGGCCUCCGGUGCAGAUCCGCGUCGCCAUCCAGGAGGCCGAGGACGAGGAGCGACCGCCGGACGGGGAGCGGCUGCCAGUCGGGGAGCGGCGCGCGGGGCGCCCGGCGCGGUUCCUGAGCCCCGGCUGGGGCAGCGGCGGCGAGGAGGAGCCGGGCCGCGGGCGCAGCGGCACCCUAAGCGGGGACGAGAGGGAGCCGGAGGGCCCAGAGGGGGAGUGGACGCCUCCGGACGAGGAGCUGGUGAGGAAGCUGGUGGAGCAGAUCGAGUUCUACCUGUCGGACGAGAACCUGGAGAGAGACGCCUUCCUGCUCAAGCACGUGCGCAGGAACCGGCUGGGCUACGUGAGCGUCAAGCUGCUCACGUCGCUCAAGAAGGUGAAGCAUCUCACGCGGGACUGGAGAACCACCGCACACGCCCUGAAGUUCUCAGGGCUCCUGGAGCUGAAUGAGGACCGCCGGAAGGUGAGGAGGACCACCCCCGUCCCGCUGUUCCCCAGCGAGAACCUCCCCAGCAAGAUGCUCCUGGUCUACGAUCUGUACCUGUCGCCCAAGCUGUGGGCCCUGGCCAGCCCCCAGAAGAACGGCAGGGUGCAGGAGAAGGUGAUGGAGCACCUGCUGCAGCUCUUCGGCACCUUUGGCGUCAUCGCGUCCGUGCGGAUCCUCAAGCCUGGGCGGGAGCUGCCCCCCGACAUCCGGAGGCUCAGCAGCCGGUACAGCCAGGUGGGCACCCAAGAGUGUGCCAUUGUGGAGUUCGAGGAGGUGGAGGCGGCCAUCAGGGCCCACGAGUUCAUGCUCACGGAGUCUCAGGGCAAGGAGAACAUGAAAGCCCUCCUGAUUGGGAUGAAGCCCCCCAAGAAGAAACCUCCCAAGGAGAAGCCCCCCGCGAGCGCGCCCAUGAACAGGUCCCUGAACAAGCGGGUGGAGGAGCUGCAGUACGCGGGAGACGAGUCUUCGGCCAACAGCUCCUCCGACCCCGAGAGCAACCCCACGUCCCCCAUGGCUGGCCGGCGGCACGCGGCCGCCAGCAGGCUCAGCCCUUCCGGCCACCAGAAUCUCUUUCUGAGCCCCAGCGCCUCCCCGUGCUCCAGUCCUUGGAGCAGCCCCUUGGCCCAGCGCAAGGGCGUGUCCCGAAAGUCCCCUCUGGCGGAGGAGGGCAGGCCGGGCCCCGAGGCCCCGCGCGCGGGCGCGGAUUACUCCUCCGACAGCAGCGUCACCCCCUCCGGCAGCCCCUGGGUCCGGCGGCGGCGCCGAGCCGAGAUGGGAACACAGGAGUCCCCGGCGGCCAGCCCGCUGCUGUCUGGGAAGGUGCAGACCGCCGACGGCCUGCCGGUCGGGGUGCUCAGGCUGCCCAGGGGCCCCGACAGCACCCGGGGAUUCCAGGGCGGGCGCGCGCGGAGCAGGGCCUGUGUGUGACACCUCCGGCGAGCAGCCGGCCAGCUCCCUCGGGUGCCGACAAACACCUGGCGUGACCUGGAAUGGCAAUACAUCCCCCUUUGAUGUCUUUUGUACACAUGUAGACCUCGUAAAUUAUAUAUUGGUAAUGUAUAUACGUUGUGUGCUCCUCAGCUCAGAACUCCAGCCUCCCAACGCGGCCCGGGUGGGUGGCUGUGUGAGCAGCGCUCUGCCGCCUGGGGUGGGGGUGGGUACAGGGCUCCCCGGGGAAGGCCCUGACAUCUCUGCUGUGGCCUGGGAUUUUCCCUGCAGGACUGGGCUGUUGCUGGUGGGCCGAGUCUGGGAGAUUUCUGCCGUGCUGCGUGCCAACAGCUAAGCCGAUAGCAUGGUGUCCCAUAGGACCAAAUGUACCUUACUUGUCAAGUGAAUAAAUCCUAAAACAGCCAA